AUGACUCUCAGUUGGUUCUUCUCGCUCGCUAUCGCUGUUACUUUUCUCUGCAAGGCAGUGGGCGGAUCUCCACCGCGCUAUGCCCCAACUCAACCCACGUGUUUGCCCGGAAACUCGACCGGAAGAGCCAACUUCACCUUUGAUGAGCUCUACGACCUUCAGUCUCGGUUCUGGGACAAUUUCAUAAGCCCGAACAACGCUAUACAGGCUAAGAGCAUCAACUCGACUUUGCUCGCACCGGACAUUCUGGGCCGCGUGGACGCUACUCGGACAUUUGAUGGCCAGGAACUCAACACCGAAUACCUCUUUGGACUCUUUACCGAUAUCGAGACGAAACAAGCAGUCAACUUGCUCGGCUUUCCGUUAUCAUAUGAAAUUGUACACUUCGUAGGCAACCAGGACAUUGCAAGCGCCGCAACCAUUGUGACGUUCAGGAGUGCCAUUUUGGGGGAGUUUCCCAUGGAAAUCGACACCUGGACCAUGUUCAACGGUGCGGGCCAGAUCUGGCAGUACGACGCCACAUUCCGAUGGUUUGAUUAUCUCCUCGACACGACCCUGGCGGCGGCCUCUGCGGCCAUGGGAGUCAAGACGACAGCCGAAGCCACGACGCGACUGGCAAAGAAACUGGCGACGGGCAUUUGCAAGACGGCGCAAAAACACUGCACCGGGGCGAAUCGGCAAUAUGAAUCCUUCAAGGCGUGCCUGACGCAUCUGACGCGGCAAGUGGCGUUCGGCACGGCGUACGGCCUCGGACGGGACACGCUGUUAUGUCGGAUGGUACACGAGGGCAUGGUGCCGAUGCGGCCCGCCGUGCACUGUGCGCACAUUGGUCCCUCGGGGGGAGGAAUGUGCGUUGACGACGCCGCGUACGGCGAGCGGGUACUGCAGCCGUACUUCACUCACGCACCGUUUGUGGCGUACGGACGGCAGAGCGCAAAUGAAACAGUGGCAGCCAUGUAG